UGGUCCUUCUGGACACCGUGGGCAUACCACCAAAGCCAAGGUGCACCAUCAGUGGCUCAACGGUUGGCCCCGUCAGAACACCGGGUACCAGAGGUGACAGUAAGCCCCCCACACGCACACAGGCAUGGAUGAGGCGCCAAUACCAUCUGCAGUCACCAAAGUUCCACCGGAUGCAGAUGACGCACAUCAAGUACAGGAGCCACCACAGGACCCUUUGGUCCCAGGCCUCUCCUUCUCCUCCUCGCCUGAUGAGGCGGUGGCAGGGACAUCCUCCUCAGGCCCUCCACCAAUUGACCUCAUGGCCCAUUAGGACCUUUUGCGGCGAGUGGCUCAGAAUAUGAACUUGCAGGUGGAGGAGGUCCCUGAAAUAGAGGACCCGGUCGUGGACAUCCUAUCAGCUGAUGCACCUACUAGAGUCGUUCUUCCAUUCAUCCGCACCAUACAGGCUAAUGCGGACACCAUUUGGCAAUCCCCAGCUUUAAUUCCACCUACAGCAAGGGGAGUAGAGAGAAAAUAUAUGGUCCCCUCAAAGGGGUAUGAAUAUCUCUACACUCACCCACCUCCUUGCUCUCUAGUUGUCCAAUCGGUGAACAAACGGGAGUGUCAUGGCCAGCAAGCCCCGGCUCCUAAGUCAAAGGAGGCUAGGCGUAUGAACCUACUAGGUCGCAAAAUAUACUCAGCCGGGGGCCUCCAGCUUAGGGUGGCGAACCAACAAGCCCUCCUAAGUAGGUAUAACUUUAACACUUGGGAGUCCCAUCAAGAAUUCACGGCCCUACUUGAGGAGGGUAAAAAGGUAGCGAGAACCUCCCUCCAGGCCUCUCUGGAUACAGCAGACUCUGCAGCCAGAACUCUGGCGUCAGGAGUGACGAUAAGGCAUAUCUCCUGGCUCCAGGUAUCAGGCCUUCCCCCUGAAUUGCAACAAACUAUUCAGGAUUUACCCUUUGAAGGCCAGGGCCUUUUCUCAGACAAGACUCACUCCAGGUUGCAAAGUCUGAAGGACAAUCGCGUUAUUAUGCAUUCGCUGGGUAUGCAUACGCCAGUGACCCAACGCAGGACCUUCCGGCCCCAGCUAUACCAUCCUUAUGCCCAGACUAGGCCGCGUCAGGACAUUACCAGAAGGCGUGGCAGGGGGAAUCAGCGGAGACUGUCUGGCCCUCAAGGAGCUCUAAAUCAGGCACCCCGUAAACCACCAGCGGGGCCUAAGCAGAACUUUUGAUGGGAUGCCCGAGGACGGCCUACCAGUUACCCUACUGGAUCCUUCUCCUCCCUUUUUCAACGGCCUCUCCCGAUUCCUCCCUGCCUGGUCCCAGCUAACUUCAGAUCGUUGGGUCCUGCACACGGUGGAAGGGGGAUACCACCUCCAGUUUGCUUCAACCCCGCCUUCCCGCCCUCCCUACCUGUCCCUCUUCAGGGACCCCUCUCACAAGCAAUUCCUCUUACCAGAAGUCCAGUCGCUCCUAGCCAUGGGAG